AUGGAGCCGAAGAAGCUUCUCCCAAGAGACCAAUUUGGGGGGCAAUUUGAAUGCCCAAGGCAGAGAACCCAGCAAGAAAGAAAUCACAAUGUCUUCAGUGGCUUCGAUGAGCGAAUCCUUGCAGAAGCUUUCAACAUUGACACAAGACUAGCAAGACGAAUGAAGAAUAACAAUGAUGAUAGAAGCAUCAAUCGUAACUUUCAGGCAGUAAUUCCACCACAGAGUCGAGAGGAAGAAGAACGUAAAGUUGAAUGCCGAGGGAGUCAACGUGGUAGAUUCUGCACUACCAGGUUGAAGCACAACAUCAAAGAUCCAAAACGCGCCAAUGUCUUUAAACAAGUAGGACGUCUCACCACAGUCAACAGCCUCAUUCUCCCCGUCCUUGGAUAUGUUCAGUUUAGUGUUGAGAGAGGCGUCCAGAAUCUCUCUCUCUAUAUUUAUAACCUGUAA